AUAUAUAUAUAUUCAGUUAUAUUAUAUAUAUUCUUUUCAUACCAUGAAAGCUUUCUAUAAACUACUUGCGAGCCUAAAAUGUACAGGAAAUGCGAUACGUUUUGUUGCAUCUUCGCAUGCGCCUUUAGGGGGAGGGGCUUGGUGGGGUGAGUGAGCGGCGAGUGUGUGUGAAUGUCUGAACGUGAGCCGUGGCCGACGGCAGCUUCUGCAUGAGCGUGCUGGCCUGCAUCUGUGACUGUGGCUGUCCUUUCCCAAUUGUGAUGGCUUUACUGCAAGUCAAAGGACUGAAAAAAAAGAAAAGAAGGGAGGUAACGGUGUAAACAUUAUGUAAUUAGUACUGACCCUCGUUUUCGAAUGAGCAUUGCGGAGGUCACUGUUCCUGCCGCAAAACUUCAACUGGAGCUAUUUAAUCCCAUCAGAUCAUUCGCUGCUUUCAUCUGCAUCAUCCUCUGUUUUAUGAUUCCUCUAAUUGGAGCAAAUAGUGACUUUUUUUUUUCUUCUUCUUAGUGCAACAGAUGGUUGUGGAGUGCACAGCAGAUGGUGCACAACAUCAAGUAACCUCUGGCACAGAAUAUAAUAGAUGCUGCUUGAUUUUUAAAUCCCCUCUUUUGUCCAUUGCUGUUGACCAGAACACUUGACUUAUCAAUUUAAACAAAGUUCUAUAAGGAAGUUACAUCCAAAGACUGAACUUAACCCCUGUAUUAAGGCUGAAUAAUUUAAAUAAUCAUGACACCCCCAUCGCACGCCAAGUAUAACGACAAAACACCACUUUGUAGAGCAAUACAUUAUCUCCAGAAAAUGUUAAUUUUUUUGUGGGUCCUGGAUCUCCAGGCCAGUCCUCUGGUGGUCAUUGCAGCCCGUUUGGACUUGUGCAUACCAGGAGGGGACUCUUAAGAAGUGUCAUUGGAUUAGUCGGGGGCGCAUCUGCCUUCAGUCGCACAGCAAACACCUUGAGAGGUGUACCUCAUGCGCUCGCCUUCAUGGUGCGACUUCAUCCCUUCAUGUUUUAAAGGAUGAAGCAUGUGAGGAUCGCACAUUUGCCACUGCUCUUUGCUUUUUUCCGCGUCUGCUCGGCUCAAGCAGAUUUUGCCCCGUAUUUCUUUGACAAUGGACCAUACAGCAACAACGGCAACAUGGCACUGUUCAGCCUCUCGGAGGACACGCCUGUCGGUACACAAAUUUACUGCCUUAAUGGCACCGACCCCGAAGGCCAAGAGGUGAGCUACGGCCUUUCCUUUGAUCCAGGUUCCAAGGAGUACUUCCGGGUCAACCCCAAAACUGGAAAUAUUACCUUAGUGCAGAAGCUGGAUCGAGAGAAACAAGAUUCCCUAGAUGUAAUGGUCAGCAUCACGGAUGGGAAAAGCAAGGUUGUGGAAAGAGUGACAAUAUUUGUGAUGGACACAAAUGAUGAGAAACCCGAAUUCAAAAACAUGCCUGCCAUCAUUGAUGUCCUUGAAACCACAGAGUCAGGACACAGCAUCUUCAAAGCGCAGGCGGUGGACAAAGACACAGGUUCCGGAGGAUCGGUCAACUACUACCUACUGAAUGCACAGUCCAGUUUGUUUGCCAUUGACAGACAUAGUGGAGUCAUUCGCAUCAAGCUGGAGGAAACGCUGGACUAUGAGAAAACCAAAACGCAUUUUGUCAUUGUCAUUGCAAAGGAUGGUGGUGGCACUUACAACGGCAAAGAGCAAUUUUUAUCAUCCUCCGCUACCCUGACAAUUAACGUGUUAGAUGCACAAGAUACACCGCCGUCUUUUAUCGGGACGCCGUACUUUGGCUACGUUUAUGAAGUGUCGCUGCCUGGGUCUGAAAUUUAUACCGUCGUGGCCAGAGAUGGAGAUGUGGGAAACUCAAAUCCUAUUCGUUAUUCUUUUGAAGAAGGUGAUGAUGGAGUUUUUAGCAUCAAUGAGACCACUGGUCGUAUCACGCUGCUGACACAGCCCAUGUUUCUAAGACGGGAACUCUUUAACAUCAAAGUCAAAGCAUCCGAAAUAAGCCCCGAAGGGCGUCUCUUGGACUACAGCGUGACCACGGUGGUCAUCCGCGUGGUUGACCUGAACAACAACCCGCCGACUUUCUACGGCGAAAACGGCACCCAAAGUACGUUUGAGCUGACCAUGUACGAGCAUCCCCCAGAAGGGGAAAUACUGCGAGGGCUUAAAAUCACAGUCAACGACUCCGAUCAGGGCGCCAAUGCAAAAUUCAACCUGAGGCUCAUUGGACCGGGAGGAAUGCUACGGGUGGUCCCACAGACGGUACUGAACGAGGCCCAAGUCACAAUCCUGGUGGAGGACUCGGCAGCCAUGGAUUAUGAGAAACAUCACUUCCUCACGUAUAAGCUACUUGCCGUCGAGAUCGAUACACCAGAGAGGUUCAGCUCCACGGCCGACAUCAUCAUCCAUCUGUUGGACACCAAUGACAACGCACCGAAAUUCUCCUCGGACUACUACAUCGCCAGGAUUCCGGAGAAUUCACCAGGCGGUUCGAACGUUGUGUCCGUCCUGGCAAUAGACCCAGACUCAGGACCAUGGGGUGAUGUGAAGUACUCCAUCUAUGGAUCUGGGGCUGACUUGUUCUUUAUCCAGCCUGUUACUGGGAUCAUCUACACGCAGCCGUGGGCCAUCCUGGAUGCAGAGGUACGGUCCAAGUACAACUUUUACGUGAAGGCGGAAGACUCAGAGGAAAAGUACGGCCUGGCUGAGGUGUUCGUCACCGUAUUGGAUCUGAACGACCACCCGCCUGCUUUCAAUGAGAAUUUCCUGGAGAAGACCAUGGUGAUUGGAGCACCAGUCAAAAUUGAGGCCGUCGACGACGAUGCAGAGAUUCCCAACAAUGUGAUCGAGUACGCCAUUAUGAAAGCCGAGCCAGACAACAACAUCUUUGACAUCGACGCCGACACCGGCGAGAUCAACCUCAAGUCGUACAUCAAGUCCAUGGCCAUCAUUCAGAACAUCACCAAGCAGAACGACUUCACCUGGUCAUUGGUGGUGCAGGCCCGUGACAUGGGCCAGCCGUCCUUCAGCACCACCGCCGUGGUCAAGAUCGACAUCACCGAAGCAACCAAACUCAAAGGGGAGACUUUGGAAUCAUUUUUAAUUCACAAUAGAAACAAGCCCUUGCAAAUCGUAGGCGUGCUCGCGGGCAUCAUUAGCUUCAUGGUCAUGGUCACGGUCAUCAUCUCCACAGUCACCUUUUUACGCAACAAAAAGUCCAACCGGGUCAUGCCCAACCGCCGCGUGAGGAGGAGGCCGCGCAACCAAAACGCGUGGACUUUCAAGAACCUCUUCCGGAAAGCCGAGAACCUCGAGGAGAAAUUCCAGGUCGAGGAGGACAUGCAGGACGCCGUGGACGUGGCAGAAAACGUCAACCACAACAACAACGUGAGCAACGUGGUCAACUGGCCUCCGCCUCCGCCGCCGCCCCGCGCCCCCUCGCUUCCGCCUCCGCCGCCGCCCUCCGCCCCCGGGGAGAGGAAGUGGGUGGUGCCCACCGUCUCGGCCGCCGUGGCGGCACGGCCCAAGAAGAAGUUAGCAGCGCAGGACGUGGUCAACACCGCGCUGGUGUCGGAACUCAAAGUGAGACUGGAGCAGAGGAGGAUACUCAAUCGCUUCUAGUGCUUAUGUGAGCGCACGUGUGUACGUGUGAGUGCGAAAGUCUUAGGCCACAAAAAGCUUUGGCCACAAAAAGCUUUGGAUACAGUCGUCAGAGACUUUUCACAGGUGAACAGUUCACACAAGUUCAAUAUAUAAGUGGCCAUUUUUCUACGCAAGCAAGCAUGUUAUUCUGCUUCCCAGCUUCAAAACAUUUGUUGCUUGCAUAUUUUGCGUGUCAAAGUCUCUCGUCAACGAUUGAAGGCACUUGGGAGACAAGACUAUAUAUUUGGUUUCCAAGCAAUCUCCUUAUGGGGAGAUUUCAUUGACACUGGCGCCAGCUAAAGGGAUCAGCCUGAGCAGGUCCGAAGGGAGGGAACCACAGUGAUCCGGUUAAGACCACUUUUUAAUCUCACUUCUCACAGGUGCACAAAAAGAGUUCUUCAAACUAUCUGGUUCCUUCAUGUGUAAACAAUCUGUUCAACGUUCACAAUACUGGCUGUGUUAUGGGGUUUUUUUGGGUUGUAUUUUUGUCAAUGAAGUUGUCCUGAAAAGUC